UAGCAGUAAUUACAAAUCGUAAAGGUGUUCGGUUAUGGUCAAAUAUAAUUUGAACAGUUAUUGAAAAUUUCCCAAGUUAAAAUUAGAAAAAUUCACCAACUUACUUUUGCAAUUAUCCGAUUCUGAUUCGCUUAAACGAAAUUCAAUAUGUGCUCUCGCGACCCAGCCUCUAACCAGCUUAUUGAUUACAAGAACAAAGAUGCUGAAGCGCAAAAGGUGGCAACCACCGCGACAGGCAUACCAAUUGGAGUCAAGGAUGCCAUUCAAACUGUGGGACCACGUGGCCCAGCAUUGCUUCAGGAUUUCGUAUUCCUGGACGAAAUGGCGCACUUCGAUGCCGAAAGAAUACCCGAGCGUGUGGCGUAUGCGAAGGGCGCUGGAGCGUUUGGCUACUUUGAGUGCACUCAUGAUAUAACCAAAUUUUGUGCUGCGUCCAUCUUUGAUCGCGUCAAGAAACGCACUGCGAUUGCAAUGCGAUUCUCCGUGGCUUGCGGGGAGAACGGAUCGGCGGAUACGGUGCGUGAACAGCGGGGAUUCGCCGUCAAAUUCUACUCGGAGGAGGGCAUCUGGGACAUGGUGGGCUGCAAUAUGCCAGUGUUUUAUAUACGCGAUCCAUCGUUAUUCCCCAGCUUGGUGCAUGCCCAGAAACGCAAUCCGCAGACACAUUUGCGAGACGCAGACAUGUUCUGGGAUUUUAUGACUUUGCGGCCGGAGACAUUGCACGCACUCCUCAUGUAUUUCAGUGAUCGUGGCACUCCAGAUGGUUAUCGUCACAUGAACGGGUAUGGCGCACAUACCUAUCGGAUGGUGAAUCCCAGCGGCGAAACAUUCUAUGUAAAGUUUCAUUUUAAAACCGAUCAGGGUAUUAAGAAUUUGGAUGCACGACGUUGCACUGAACUCUGCUCCCAUGAUCCCGACUAUGCCAUACGUGAUCUCUACAAUGCCAUCAAGAAGGCCAACUACCCGAGUUGGAGCAUGUUCAUACAGGUUAUGCUCAAUGAGGAGGCCAAGAAGUGCAAGUUCAAUCCAUUCGAUGUGACCAAGGUGUGGUGCCAAAAGGACUAUCCCCUGUUGCCUGUUGGCAAACUGGUAUUGGAUCGCAAUCCUACCAAUUAUUUUACUGAAGUCGAACAGCUUGCCUUUAGUCCGGCUAAUUUUGUGCCCGGCAUCGAACCCUCUCCCGACAAGAUGCUGCAGGGUCGUCUUUUCGCAUAUGGUGACACACAACGCUAUCGUCUGGGCACCAACUACAAUCAGAUACCCGUCAAUUGUCCGUAUCGCGUGCAUGUGCGAAACUUCCAACGGGACGGUGCCAUGACUGUCAGCGACAAUCAGGAAGGUGCUCCCAACUACUUCCCGAACUCAUUCUGUGGUCCCAAGGAGAGUCCUCGAGCUCUGGCCCUGCAGACUUGCUGCCCCAUUUCCGGCGAUGUCUAUCGUUAUAUGAGUGGUGACACAGAGGAUAAUUACAGUCAGGCCACCGAUUUCUGGACUUACACUCUUGAUAAUUGUGGUCGCAAGCGACUCAUUCGGAACAUAUCGGAGCAUUUGUCCGAGGCGAGUCAAUUCCUUCAGGAACGCGCGGUCAAGCUUUUUACCAUGGUACACGCUGACUUCGGACGCCUUAUGACUGAGGCCCUAAACACGGCCAAAAUAUCCAAGUUCUAGUGUCUGCAAUCGUCUUUUGAAAUUAGUCAUAAUAUUACAAAUUUUAAAGUAGAUAAUAAAAUGGAGUCUACAAGUUUCUAGUAUUGUCAGCAAA